UUUUAGCCGUUCUCGAGUACGAGUGCAUCCGUGCGAUAUAUCGGCGCGCCUUCCGUUAGAGUCUAGGCAGAUUGGGAACAGGCGGUUAAGUAAAUGCGGCGGCGGCCGCACUAGGAGGCACACGAGAGGGAAUCAAUAUGUGAGCGGAAAAUAAUAAGCAGAGGAAGAAGCUACCGCCGUCCAGUACAGAGGUGGAGAAGAUUUAAUGAGUUUCCGUUAAUGUUAUUAGAAAUGUUAAGUGUUACGCAUCGUUACGGUUAAGUUUAUUCCACGUGAGUUUGUGCUGUUUUACAAGUGGACCUUAGUUGGCUGGAAAAGUAACAGGAAGUCAAUCCGGUAAACUUUUUUGGGUGUUGAAUAAUCGAAACUUUGCAGGGGAUAUUGGGAACGCAGCUGCCUCUUACCAAAUCAGGAGCAAGAGAGUGUGGUUUAUGAUUUGUACACUUGUGACACAGCGAAAGGCGUGAGGAGAAAGAGAGCCGAGAAGGUGAGGCAGUGGAAAAAAAAAGUUUCUGAAAGGAAGCACGCAAUUCAGAAGCUGUGCAGCGUGUCCAGUGAAAAUCUAGAGGAAGACCAGACUGGCAAGCGUUGAGAAAAGGGAGGAAAAAGUGCCUUCGGCUUGGCCAUAUUUAGAUAAUUGGAAAGCAGUGCAGCGCGACGAGUAGCCGAGGAGAGCCAAAACGAAAAGAAGUACGCUCUGUCAAAGACCUAUUUUUCGUGUCACAGUACGUGUUGUUUGGUGUGGUGGCUAAAAGCAGCGACAGCGACGACGCCAUUUAGGGAAUAACUAAGCAGGCGGAGUCUGUAUGUUUGCAGUGUCCGUAACAACACAUCGCCCACUUCGGUUUGUGUGCAGUGCGAUACAGUUUCUUGUUUCUACAAUUGAUUGAAAUUGACAGUUGUAUGUUUUCGUUGUCACUUUGUUGCCUGUUGUACCCUUCGUUCGUUCAUUUGUGACUUUCUGUGUGUUAAUGUUUGGUGAUUCAGUGUGACGCAGUUUGGAAAGUUUGGACAUACUCCGGAAAGGAUUACGAUCACGAGCAAAGAAAUUUUCCAGUGGAUCCCACUAUGAAAACGAAUGUCUGCAGAGCGGCUUCCUUCACACGACGAUGCUGAUAGUGGUGGCGGUGGAGGAGGAGGAAAUACAAUUAUCGGUGGUCACGUUACAGUAGAAACAUCGUCACCCGCCCUUAGUCCGAGACCAGAUUUGAAAGACUCGGUGACGUCAUUUCCGACGUCCAUCGGCUCCAACAUGGUGCUGUCGUCGAUUCCCCUGGAAGCUAAUCAUCAGCUCAUCCUUCAGCAGCACCUGGCUCAACAGCAGCAUCACAUUAUUGCUACAUCUGGCAACACCAAUCAGAACAGCAACAGUAGUGCAAUCAGCAGCGUCUCCAAUGGUGGCGUAGGCAGUAAUCAUAGCAUAAUAAUCAACAACAACACUAGCUUUAAGAACCAUAACAGCAACAACAGCAACAAUAUCAUAAUUAGCGGUAGUGGCAUCGGCGGUGGAAACAGUAACAAUCAUACCUACACGAUUAAUCUGAGCAGCAGUGGCGUCGGCAGCAGCGGUGCCAGCCACAACGGUCACGCAAUGAUUCAGAGUUAUGCCACCCCUGCGAAUAGCGGCGGUGGCAGUACGACCACAGUAGGCCACCAUGGCCAUCACCAGCCGCAAUUUUACUCUGCACCAAACAACAUUGGUUCGGUUGCCGGUAGCCUAGCAACGGCCCAUAGCAACGGUGCCGCGACAGCUUCAUCGACGGCGACGGUCGUGGCGCCACCGGCCUCGUCUUCGGCGACGAGCUCGUCCUCGUCCAAACUGGUCGUACUGCAGCAAGGACAUCUCGGCGAGAAUUAUAUAACCACAACAGACAACAUGAACGGCGUUGGCAACAUUGUCCUGCUCGCCACGGAACAAAUGGACAUGAGCAGUGCCGAGCAUGACUUCAUUAACAACAACGUGGUCAUCACUACGAGCAGCGCUGUCGGCGUUGGAGCUGGCGGUCACCUUAGUCACAGCAGCAGCAAUCACCACCCCGCCCAUCAGCAGCCGCUUCAUCAUCAUUCGCAGCAGCAGCAGCAUAUCCGCACUGGAACCGUGCUGACGGCUACGAACGGAGCGGGCGGGACCAGCCAGGUCGUCAUCAACACCGACGAGGAACUGACCCCACUCACUUGGCUGCACGAUAAGAAUCUGCUGAAAGGCAUAAAUCUAAAUAAGGUUCCAGUGUCAUCCCCGGAUAGCCCACGGCAAGCGGGUGGCCAUCUCUCACCAACCAGUGACUUCGUGGAGGAUUCCAGCGUUUCGGAGGAUAACACAUCCUCCGCUAAUUCAUCGUCAGAUCAGAGCAUCGGUGUAUUCUGCACGGAGACGAUUCCGUCGAAUGCUCGGCACGUGACGGUUGGCAGUGGAGGAUCAACUCAUCACACGUUCCAGCUUAGCAACGGUGUCGGUGGCCAUAAAACGAUCACCACCAUCAACGGAAGCACCAUUGUCGAGUAUCCCGUGAUUUCAUCGGACGACAAGGAACUCAAGUCUCCGUCAUCGACAGUGUCCUGUGCUUCUUCGGCUUCGUCCACUUCUUCGUUGUACAAUUCAGCACCUUCACCAAAUCCAAUAUCCGGGUCGGCACACAAUGGUUCGACCAGUGGUGCCAGCACGCCACAUCAGCACUUCCACAAAAAGUACCUGCGAGAGGAGCACGUGAAGCAGUUGAAACAGGUCAGCAGCUCUUACGCGACGCCAGUGAAGCAAUUAUCCAGAUGCAGUGCCGUCAAAUACGAGGAAGGUGAAAUCAUCGAAGAACGUCCUUAUCCACCGGCAGCGCCGAUGAAGAAUGGUUACCCGUCGAUGGCCACUUCUCCGAACGUGAGUAGUGACGAAUAUGGAAGUACCUAUGGUAGUGGAGGUGGCAGCAUGAGGCCUCCAUCGCCUCCACCCUCACCGCAGCAUCACCUGAUACAGGGACAAUCGAUGAAUGGGGGAAUGCUUGGGCAUCCGCCUUCUUCUCCGCAACCACAGUCGCAACAGCAAUCAAAGCUGUCGCCACCGAAGUCUAAGCAUCCAACCAACGUGCCAUACGACCCGCUAGUUCACAUCCAGAGCAAACCGCCAUUUAGCUUCAGUUCGCUGAUAUUUAUGGCAAUCGAGAAUGCUCAGCAGAAAGCCUUACCUGUGAAGGAGAUCUACGCAUGGAUUGUGCAGCAUUUCCCGUACUUCAAGACUGCACCGACCGGGUGGAAGAACAGCGUACGACAUAAUUUGUCACUGAACAAGUGCUUCCAGAAGGUGGAAAAGGCAGCGAAUCUCGGAAAGGGCUCGCUCUGGAUGGUUGAACCACAGUAUCGGCCAAACCUGAUCCAGGCCCUAUCGCGAUCCCCUUUCCAUUCCGGGUCCGGAAUAGAUAAAACCACAUACAAAGCCAUGCAGCAACAGGCUCAGCAGCAAGCGCAACAACAGCAACGCUCAACUGAUAGCCCAACCAGUAGUGUUGGCAGCAACUAUUCCAAGGACAACUUUCCGUACCUCGCUAGUCGUUUGGCACCGGGUGAAGCACAAAGCGGCGUUCACCUGUCGCAUCAUCUGAACGGGCAGCAGCAGCAUCCAUCGGAUCUGGAUGGCGACGACUUCAGCCGGUCGUCCACACCGGUCGACUACGAUGGCGAUCUUCCACAUCAGCACCUGCAUCACAAUCACCAAUCGGCGCCGGGUGGGGUGGCGUAUCACAUGUCGUACCACCAUCUACCGUCGGCAGCGGGCGCGUUGGGGCCACCUUCCGGCAAUUCUGGUGGUACCAAUGGAUUGUCCAAUGGGUACAUUCCCAGUGGAAGCAUGAUUCUGCCCAAUGGGCAGACCGUACCGGCCGCGGAGAUUAUCGGACGAGACUGGAGUGCGGACACGAUUGAUGACGUGAACGCCGCUACCGCCAUGUUGGCGCUGAAGCAUGGACCAAAAAUUUUCACCGAAGGAUUCCAGAACGGAACUCCUCCGGUCAUUACCACAUCUCCGAGCGAAGACCACACAUACUCCGCAGGAGGAAGCGUUCCACCACCAGGCCUGAGCGAACGCUCUAGUCAGAAUAACAGCGAUAAUAACAGCAACGGAACGUCCUCAGAUGCGGCCUAUGAGAGCAGUGAGGAAAGCCAUAAUCUGGUGAUAGAGGACCAAGAGGAGCAGCGCCGCCAAGCGGGAGUGGACGCCCUGUUGAACCUCGCCGGAAUCACCAACUACGCCCCCAUGUCCGGACCUACUGGCAGCACCGGUUUGAAGCGGCCUGCUGACCCCACCAGCUACGACGACCCACCACCACACAGCGGUCCUCGUUCACCCUAUCAUCAGUCGUCGUUCUAUCACCAGCAGCAGCUGGAGACCACACCACCGUCCGGAUACAGCAGCGUCGCGGUCCAACAGCAUCAGCAGCCACCCCCGUUCCGCAACUACUACAUGCCGGACGAUCUGAGCGUGCAGUACUCGCCGUCACCUUCGCCGGCGAAGAAGAGCAAACCCUCAACCGGUUCAUCGGCCUUGGCGAACUCGUCGGCUUCCUCCACUUCGGUGCGGAUGCUCAAAAAGUUCAAGAAGAAGGCAUCCUGGGUGCGGUAAUAUCGUGCCGAAACCGACGGACGGCAACGGCAGCCAUAGCUGUCGAUCCUCUAGUUUAUUUCUAUUCGGUACAUUCGUGGAUACCGUUUCUAUGUUGGUUAAGUGCUAAAAUCAAAGUUAUAGAUAAUUAUGCUUUAUAUUUAUAGUCAAUUAUUUUUCUGCAUAAGUGUUUUUUUAAGCCAGAUAGACUGUGUAAAAAGUGAAAUUUUUAUAUGAAUGAUUGUGUGCGAAUAGUGAAAAGUGCUACUUCUUACACUUUUUGUGGAAGGAUCGUGAAGCAUUUUGUAGGCAUCAGUGUGGCAGUGACAAAAACUCUGAAUUAGCUAACGUACUUUGACAGAAUAUUCAUAAAGCUUGACAAUUUAGUUGCUUUAUUGAACCUUUUGCGUUUUGACAAAGAUCUUUGUCAAGGAUGCAGUUUCAUAGAACAGGCUUUCUUAUAUUAAAACUGAAACUGAAAAUAAUAUAAUUAUGCGUACUAGAGAUAUCAGUAAGUUUUACGUUACGGUGACUAUGCAAUUGAUAUCGGAGCGAAAUAUAUCGUGGCUAUUUUCCCAUUUUUGAAAUAGUGGAAUUUUGCGAACUACUUACCACGUCGAGCUGAAACUAAAAACACCUCAUGCAUAUUACUUCACUAAGUUCGAGAGCUGAAAAAACUGCAGACUAUGAAAGGAAGAUCGUUGUCUAGAUAGCCGCUUUAUGGCUCAGUUGUGUACUCACCAAAGCUGCAUAUCACCCUCAGAGAUCCAAUUUGUCACUGUCCAGUGUGCCUCUGAAACAGUCGCUGAAUAGUUCGAUUUUAGAGCGUCGUCUCGUCAUAAACGGGCGCGCAAAACCCCAUGUUGCAUUUGAAUGUUUAUUUUUUUCUGUUGAAAAAGUUAUUAUUUAUUUAGAUGGGUCAGCAGUAGCAGCGGCAGUACUAAAACAAAGAAAAGUCUAAACAUUUAGAAACCAGACAGAAGUGGCAGCCGAAAGGGCUCGUGUCCCCUCCGCGGUUGUCUCUUAGUAGUUGAGUUAAUUAGACAUUACUCGGAUGGAGAAGAAAAGGAUUGAACUUAGUCACUCGCGCCUUUGAUUUUUAUCUAGAAUUUAGGAGCAUACUUUUUCUAUACACUAUAAAAAAUAACAAGUGAGAGAGGCAGUGCGCGAGAGAAUGACAGCGAAGGAGAAAGUGAGGUUAGAUAAGAAUCAUACAUUUACAAACACUUACCCACACAGUUAAACGCAAGCAUACAAACACAAAUAGCAAUGUAAACAAAUCCAAGCGAAGCAGAGAGCUACCAUUUGUCAUCUAUGAUGUGACAAUAAUGUCAAACUGACGGGUAGCGCUGCAAACACCAAUCAAAGACGGUCACGCUUUUAAAGCAGUGCAUAACAGCCUCAGUGUUUUGUUUUGUUUUAUUUUUUUCAUCGCUACCACGUGUCAAGCUUUGACUUUUUGUUUUGCCUUUAGAAACGGUGCCAAUGCAGUCGAGAAUCGUGUAAUAAGUUGGAUUACAGUUUCCUGACAAAGUAGCAGAGCAGGAACGCCCUCGUUGAGUUAUAAAUCAUAUUAGCGAGUAAGGUUCGUUGCAGUUGUAGCGUUAACUCUGAUGAUUGAUGAUUUCAAAUUGUGGUUAAGUUUGUGCGAGGUGAACACGUUGUUAUAGCAGUACUAAAGUGACGAUUAUGCCGCCGCUUCGAGCGGGGCUCUUAUUGGAAGGUUAUAAAUAUGAAAAUGUAUCAUUUAUUGAGUUGA